CGUAUCUUCCCUCAGCGGGGACACAUAUCCUACAUGGAGAUCAUUCUUCAAUCAGCUGUCUCCCCGACACCCCGCCCUCCAACCCCAUCAAGAUGGCCCCCAAGAUCGCUAAGGACAUGACCGAGCUCAUCGGCAACACGCCGCUGGUCUACUUGAACCACGUGACCGAAGGAUGUCACGCCAAGAUCGCUGUUAAAUGCGAGUUCAUGGAGCCAUGCGCCUCUGUGAAGGACCGCAUUGGUCUGAGUAUGAUCUUGGACGCCGAGAAGUCCGGUCGUCUGCAGAAGGACUCGCAUAUCAUCGAGCCCACGUCGGGUAAUACCGGUAUCGGACUGGCCUUCGCAUCAGCUGUACGCGGCUACAAGUUGACGCUGGUUAUGCCCGACACGAUGUCGAUGGAGCGUCGUAUCCUGCUUAAAUCGUUCGGCUGCAACGUGGUGCUCACUCCUGGUGCUAAGGGAAUGACUGGAGCUUUGGCCAAAGCCAACGAACUGGUGGCCAAAGAGCCCGAAAAGGCUCUGAUCCUCGGCCAGUUCGAUAACCCAGCCAACCCGCAGAUCCACUUCGAGACGACCGGCCCGGAGAUCUGGCGCGAUACUGACGGUGAGAUCGAUAUCUUCAUCGCUGGUGUGGGUACAGGCGGUACUUUGACCGGUACCAGUCGGUAUCUGAAGCCUAAGAAGGAGAGUAUCAAGAUCAUUGCCGUCGAGCCCGAGGAGAGCCCCGUGUUGUCUGGCGGCAAGCCUGGACCCCACAAGAUCCAGGGCAUUGGAGCUGGUUUUGUGCCUGGUGUGCUUCAGACCGACCUGAUUGAUGAGGUCGUAACGGCCAACAGUACUGAGGCCUUCGCUAUGUCCAAGCGUCUCGCUCUGGAGGAAGGAAUGUUGGUUGGUCCGUCGUCGGGUGCGGCUGUGACGGCUGCUAUUAAAGUGGCGUCGCGUCCGGAGAAUGCUGGCAAGCUGAUCGUCGCUAUUUUGCCUAGUUUCGGUGAGCGCUACCUGUCGUCAGCUUUGUUCGAGAAGGAGCGCGAGUUUGCUCAGAAUCUGCAGACGUCGGAGAUCCAGGCUUAAAUGUAUGAACCUUUGUAAGUAGUGGAUCAUUGUAGGUCUAAGAGGAGUAGAGCACAGUGUCGAUGGAUUGCUAUGCGAAUACACGUGAGCUUACGUCUCUAAACUUUGUA